UUAGCAAACUUGGAUAUCCAAAAUGUUAUAGUCUAUUUAGGAUCAGCUGCCCUUUUCGAGUAUGGAGACUCUUGACAUUGUGCUCGUGAGCCCGCCCAAGUCCUCGUCCCCAUCCUCAUCCUCGGUCUCGUCGUCCGAGGCAUCAUCUUCACACCCGUCGUCACACCCGUCGUCACACCAUGAGGCAGCAUCUGAAAAAGAUUCCAUCGCCCACGAGCAACCCACAGAAGUUGGGGUUCGUCGGAGGCCAAUCCCGAGAAAAGGCCACAAGAAGUCCCGGAACGGCUGCUUCAACUGUAAGAGACGUAAGGUCAAGUGCCAGGAGACGCUGCCCGCGUGCGGCCAGUGUAGGCGGAACGGCUUAGUCUGCGAGUAUCCUGCGGCACCCAAGACGGUAACCAUACUGUCGCCGCCAUCGCCGUCGCCGCAACAGCCCGCCCUGUCCGUUUUCUCGCUCGUCGAUCUCCGCUUCUUCCACCAUUUCCUGAUCAAGGCGUACCCGCCCCUGCCCAUCCGCGGAGACCACAUCUGGAAAGACGUCGCUCAGUUCUCGCACGGUUUCGAUUUCCUAGUCCACGCCAUGCUGGGGCUCGCGGCGUCCCACCUGACGCUCUGCGGCGGGGCGGACUACUCGUCGGAGGCGCUCGACCACCGUGUGACUGCCAUCAAGCUGCUGAACCGGUCGCUGAGCCGGCCGUGCCCGUCCAGGACCGAGGGCGACGCGCGGUACGCCGCCAUGAUGGCCCUGACGUUCCAGUCGUCGUACAUGGCCGACGGCAUGCUCGACUUCCUCAGCAUGACCAGGGGCUGCCACAUAGUCGCCAUGUCUGGCAUGCCCUGCUUCGGCGACUCCCUCUUCGCGGGCUUCUCGGGCGAGGGACACCUCACGGCCGUCCGCGGGCUGAACCACCCCGGCGCCACCCACCCGCUGGACGACGGCUUCCUGGACGGGUUCUCCGGCUCGCUACGGGCCCUGGCGCCGCUCUGCCAUAGCACCCUGGAGGUUAAUUUCCUGGCGCGGAUCGAGAAGGUCCUGAAUACCGCGAGGAUCUCUUCUCUAGAUGCAUUCGGCGAGAUCAGCAUGCUGUACGGCUGGGCCGGCGCCGUCGAGCAGGCCGAGUUCCUCACGUUUGUCGACCCGGCGAACCACGCGGCGCAGCUGCUGAUGGUCCACUUCUUCCUGCUCGAGUUCGCGCUCGCCUGCAAUGCGUUCGGGUCCAAGUUGGAUUCCUUCCUCUACCGCAGGCGGAUGAACGUCGUCUGGUUCGAGAAGGUCCUCGUGGCGCUGCCGGGGUCGUACAAGAGAUACAUCGAGUGGCCGAUAGAGUUUUCAAGACUGGCCGCCUGAAUGUACAGCGGUUGGGGUCUGAUGAUUCGACUGACCAUACUGUUAAGCCCCUGGCCCGGUUAUCCCCUCUCGAAUCGGCAGCAUCUAGUUUAUGUCCUCUCUGAGAAGGGUCCCGGAACAAACACCCCGAUGCUCGUCCAGUGCGCCGAAACCAAAUGCACAAACGCCCUUGCCAUAACCUUGGCAAGGUAUAGUGCAGUGCCAUGCCGCGGUUGCCAGGUAGUCUGCAUUGACCACCGUCCAGCGGCGCCAGGCACUUCUGUCAAAUGAGUCGCGAGCAUUCUGUUAGCCGAUCUCCCGAGUUGAAUAGGCGAGGACGUGUGAGUCACAGAACGAGGAAUCGAUGUAAUCUGUCCCCCGUGCGUCUACCGGACCCCCCCCCCCCCCCC